UUCAGAAAAAAAUGAUUUGUAAUAAUUACAUAAUUGUUUACAAGUAAUUACUAAUUAGUAAUGUUUUUAUCAAUGAAAAAUAUAUAAAUAAAGAAGGUGAGGGCCUGUGAUUGGAGAUUACUUUCCUGAUGUGGUUUUCCCCUUCUAGCAAACCACGAGGAAGCGAACCACUGGAAACCACACAAUCAACACUUGGUUAGUGUGUUGACCAUUGACGUUGCCACAAUCCACUAUCCCAUAGCCCAUAACAUUUAUAAACAUCUAGCCAAAGCAAACCUCCCACCCGGUACAUUGAUAACGGUACUCAGUACAGCAAGCAAUUCUUAUUCUUUCAUUACAUUAACAAGAUAUGUGCAGUGCAAUAUAACGGGUUUGUAAAUAAUAAUCUUUCUAUGACAGUUAUGCUUGUAAACUUUGAGUUGUCAAGUAUAUCAUUGUCACGUACAUCUUGAAAAAUUUUAAAUAUAAUAAUAUAUAUACAAUAAGACACAAGAAACUGGAUUAAACCAUGUGGCCAUUUAGCCGUACAUGCCAGAGUAAAGUACGUCUCGUUGGUAAAACUGUCGUUAUCACUGGAGCCAAUACCGGAAUUGGCAAAGAGACUGCGCGAGAUCUUUACAGAAGAGGUGCGAGAGUUAUUCUUGCAUGCAGAGAUCUCACCAAGGCCAAUGCAGCUGUUGAAGAAUUAAAAAAUACUCCGCCUUCAAAGCCGGACCGAGAACAGUUUCAGGGAGAACCAGGUGAAUUGGUCGUAUGUAAAUUAAAUCUAUGCAGUUUUUCAAGUGUAAGAGAAUGUGCGAAAACACUGAACGAUACCGAGCCAAAUAUUCAUAUUCUUAUAAACAAUGCCGGUGUUAUGAUGUGCCCAUUUGGAAAAACAGAGGAUGGAUUUGAAACUCAGCUUCAGUCUAAUCAUCUUGGUCACUUUUUGCUUACACUUUUAUUGCUUCCAAAAAUAAAAAAUUCAACUCCAGCGCGAAUUAUAAAUGUUUCGUCUAUGGCGCACUCUGUUCUAGGUGGCGAUAUUCAUUUCGAUGACAUAAAUUUGGAAAAAUCUUACAGUCCAUUAAAAGCUUAUGGACAGAGUAAAUUGGCCAAUGUUUUGUUUACUACUGAACUUUCCCGUCGAUUGAAAGAAGCCAAAAUAGAAGGAAUUACUGUGUAUUCAUUACACCCAGGUGUGAUUUCAACGGAGCUAGGUCGUCAUUUAGACACUGCAUUUGUUCGUGGAGCCCGGGUCUUUUGGAAAUACGUAUCAGCUCCUUUUGUAAAAACUCCUGAACUCGGAGCACAGACUACGCUACAUUGUGCUUUAGAUGAGGCUGCGGGUAAAGAGACUGGAAUGUAUUACAAGGAAUGCGCGGUCACUACUCCAUCGGCACGAGCUAGAGAUGCUGAGCUAGCACAGAAGCUGUGGGAUGAAAGCUGCAGAAUGGUCGGGUUAGAACCGAAAGAGAAUUUAGCUGAGAUGAUGGCUAUGCUUGCCCGUGAUGUUUCAGCAAAGUAAAUUUUUAUAUUUCAGUAUUUACAUGUAUUGAUUUUUUUUUUAAAUUACAAAAGUAUUUUUGAUUUAAAUUUUUAUAUUUUUUACUUUUAUAUUUUAACAUAAAUGCACAAUUUUUUUUAACAUGAUUUAAAAUAUUUAUAUGAUUAUAAUUUCACUGUCUAAUUAACUUUUAUUUAUCUAAUUAUCUAUUUAUCUCAAUUCUUACAACUUAAUAAUUUUUAUUGAAUUUAUUUAAAAAAAAAAACUCCAACAUUUAAAACUAGACAUUAAUUGUCAA